UUUUAGGUGUGACAAACAACUGUCAGGUGAACAAAACUGUUAUAUUCUGUGCAUUAUAAUAUGUUACGAGAGUAUAAUAUAAAAUAUUGUGUUUCAGUAUACAAUAUAUAGAAACAAAUGCAGCGUAAAAGGUACCAGGAAGUUUGUGAACACAACAAUUGGUCAAUUCCCUGAUUUGAACAUCAACAAUAAUGUAUUGAGAGAUAUAAAGUAAUAUGUGUUCGAAUCAUGAUUUGUGUGUGAAAAAAAUAUCCGUAUGUUCGCGUCAACUAUAAAUAAUAAAAAUAGUAAAAUUUUGAAAUGUUAUCAGCAUUAAUUCGCAAAGGAACUUUAUGUAAAUUGAUAUAUGUAGAUACGUAAAUUAAGGGUAAAUGUGAAGCAACACAUUCCGACUAAAGAAAGGAAAAAUAAAAUUUCGUCGUAACCAUAUAAUUAAAUAGUUAAUUUGUACAUUUCAAGUAAACGUGUGAUACAUUAAUAUAAUACAUCAAUCUAUAUAUUUAACUAGUUAAAUAAAAAGUAACACUCCACAAACGUCCGUGAAUAUUUCAAUUUGUUAAAUGUGGUAUACCGAAUAAGAGAUAAAAUCAAUAGCUUCGGUAUAGUAUUACCAUUUUGUUAAGGUUGAAGUUACAAAACAGUUCCUUACUAGAGUAUUAAAUUGUGUUGCUCCGAAGUGAGUGAGUGCAAUACGAUUAUUUACACAUUAUUAAAACUUUCAUAAAUUAAACACAAAUACGUGGAACUGCAUAUGUAAAUAAAUCUUUGUCGUAAAUUUCCAGUAUUUGAAAUAAGAAAUUAGUAAUUUAUUCAAAUACAAAAAUGGAACCCAACAAGUCAUUUUCUCUUAAUGAAGCGCAACCAAGUAGCCUGGUGGGAUCUAAUAAUUCCAAAGCGCAAGUCGGAUGUGUAAUCACUCAAACGCCAAAUGGAAGCAUAUGUAAAGAGAAUUCAUUUCUGAAGAAUCAUUCUAACAAAGCUAUAAUUGAACAAAAGUUACCUAAUGGAACUAUAAACAAUACUAAUGAUUCUGAAAAUUAUGCAAAUUUCGUGCAAAUUCCGGUGGAGACCCUGCAAUACCAUCGCCGGAAGCUGACACCACAAGAACAAGCUCGAAUGUCUUGUAAUACGGACUACAGGUGCCAAGAUGAUGUUUUUAAAGCAGCUAUAAACGGACGAUUGGGAUCUGCAUCUAUUUUAUCAUCAUCGUUAGAAAGUCAACCAUAUUUUAAUCCUUUGGGUCAACAGAUUCAACAUCAAAAUCAAGCAGUUCGAAAUUCAAUGCAACUAAAUCAAAAAUCAAUUUGCAUGCCGAAUGGACUUUUUGACUGUAACGAAGGAGUAUUUAAUUUUGACGAAAGAAAUGAAAGUAAGGAAGGGCUAAUCGCAGCAUCUACUCAAACCCAAUAUUAUGAGAAUCAGACCAAUAAUAAUUGCGAUGCCUUUUCUUCAGAUAUCAAAAUUGAUUCUGGUGGAGAAACCUUGACUCCUACAGUCUCUUCAGGGCAUAUGAUGUACACAGUACAUCGAGUGGUUACAACAUCCCAAAUUCAAACUGCACUUGGGAAUACUUAUGCUUCUUCUUCUAGUGUUUCGAGCGUUGUCAGCGCUCUUCGAAACGAUAAUUUGGUAACUCCUACGAGUAUAUCUACAAAUUUGACAACUAUACCUGGAAACGGUAUUGUAGGAAUUUCAGGCAAUGUUUUAAGCAAAAUGGAUGAUAACUCGAAUACAGCCAACAACGUUAUAAUAAGCGGAGCGGGUAUAUCAGAUCCGCAACCAUCUGAAGAUACGGAUAUUUUGACCAAUGGCGACCAUAAGUUAAACAUUAAAUCAGAUCACUCUAGAUUGCAAAGUACAUCAUGUAAUAAUUCAGUUAUUAUAAAUAAUAUAAAUGGAUCCAAAUCUACAUCAUUGAUUCAAAGGCCCUUGCAAAAUGUAAUACCGACAUGCGUAUAUUUGAUGUCGCGCAUUGCUGUACAUAUGGAAAUAGAAGGAACAUCUCAAUGUCCCACACAAGUAAUGCUAGCUGCUGCUUUGGGAUGUGAAGAGUUAGGUAUUGCGAACAAGUUACUAGCGCAAAGUAUUUUUGGAUUAUGGAUGACGAGUGGACUCUUAGAUAUACAGUUGAAAUCACAUCACCGACCUUAUGCUGUUAGAGUAGCAUGGCAAUCUCUACUAGACAAAUUCAGCAGCGGCAAUGCAAUUGAAAAAAAAUUUGAUGAUCCCAUGAUAAUGCUUAAACGAAAUGUUUUUUUCUCAAAACGUGACGAAGAGAAAAUUAAAGACCAACGCAUUUUAGAGUUAUUAUACGAAGAAGCCAAGUAUAAUGUUUUAUCUGGUCGAUAUGUAAUGGAAUCGUCCCAUGCUUUUAUGUUAGGUGGUAUACAGGCAAGAAUUGAAUUGGGUCCAUAUAAUUCUCAUACACACACCAUUGGUUUUCUUAGAGAAAACCAGUUAAGAUUCCUACCGCAACAUGUUGCAAGGAGUAUGAGUUGGGCUUGGUUACCAGUCAGUCGAAAGAAUUCGGCUGAAGUUAAGCUUUUAGAACAACUCAAACGUGUUCCUUCAACUGCGACAACAAAGAAACUUAUGCGCAAGUAUUUGGAAUUUUGCUGGGCACUUCCAUUUUAUGGAGCUGUUUUUUUCCACGGGCAAAUGGAGCAACCGGUUCGCGGUCUAAUGAGUUUGGUUAGUCACAAAGAUGUAAGAGUUCUUAUAGCAGUCAAUGAACGUGGAAUAUUUAUUAUAGAUCCUUUAGAGUGUACUUUACUAAUUGGACUAAGGUAUGAGGAUUUAUCAUGGGACUUUGCCAAACCUAGUGUGAAUAAUGAUCCUGACUGCCAAACUUGCAUAUUUAUUCAGUUUGAUGCAAUGGAGAAUGGAAUUCAGGUUUCAAAGUUGAUGCAAAUAUUCUCCAAACAAGCUAGUAUGAUAGACGCCCUUAUCUCACAUUUUACUGAACAGAUUCGAAAACUUAAAGUUAGCGAAAACACAUGCGAUCAAUAUCAUACAGGGGCGUUCCAAAGUAAACAGGACUUUUUAAUCUAGCGCCUG